AUGCAGGUGGAGAAUUGCAUCCCGCUGGCCAGUGAUAUCUCCAAGAAAUUUAUGAAUGUGGGCAGUGGCUUUUCGAGCUCCAAUGGAUCGGAGCCUCCGCUGCAGGACCAUCCUAUUAUACCUGCAAGUGACAACCUGGAGAGAAGUUCACCCCUGAAAAAAAACUCCAGGGAGAUGACGAAUCAGUCAGAGGCGGACAAUUUUCCCGACUCCAAGGACGCGUCGGGGGACGUCCAGAGGGGCAAACUCUCUCCUGAUCUCGACGGAGUCUCUGACAUCCGUCAUAGUUUCGAUGGAUCUGCAGGAGAACGGUGCAUCUUCUCGCCGUCCUCUCAGCCAGUCUCAGCAGCAGCUCCCGGUGCCAUGUUUCCGUAUCCCAGCCAGCAUGGACCGGCGCACCCGGCGUUCUCCAUCGGAAGCCCCAGCCGUUACAUGGCCCAUCACCCGGUUAUAACCAAUGGACCUUACAACAGCCUUUUAACCAACACUUCUCCUCAAGGCUACCCGGCAGCCGGGUACCCGUAUGCGCAACAAUAUGGACACACUUACCAGGGUGGAGCUUUUUACCAGCUGUCCUCGGCUCAGGCGGGACUGGUUCCGGGGAAAGCGCAGGUGUAUCUGUGCAACAGGGCCCUGUGGCUGAAGUUUCACAGACACCAGACGGAGAUGAUCAUCACCAAGCAAGGACGACGAAUGUUUCCAUUUUUAAGCUUCAAUAUUUCUGGCCUCGACCCAACUGCUCAUUACAAUAUAUUUGUGGAUGUUAUACUCGCGGAUCCGAAUCACUGGCGAUUUCAAGGAGGAAAGUGGGUGCCAUGUGGAAAAGCAGAUACAAAUGUGAUAGGGAAUAGAGUUUACAUGCAUCCCGACUCACCAAACACCGGCGCGCACUGGAUGCGUCAAGAAAUAUCAUUUGGAAAGCUAAAGCUCACAAACAACAAAGGUGCUUCCAACAAUACGGGGCAGAUGGUGGUGCUCCAGUCUCUGCACAAGUACCAGCCCAGGCUGCAUGUGGUGGAGGUGAACGAGGACGGGACGGAGGACACCAGCCAGCCGGGCAGAGUCCAGACAUUUACCUUCACAGAGACGCAGUUCAUCGCCGUCACAGCUUAUCAGAACACCGAUAUUACGCAACUAAAAAUCGACCACAACCCGUUCGCCAAGGGAUUUCGGGACAACUACGACACUGUCUACACAGGCUGCGACAUCGACCGCCUCACUCCAUCACCGGGUGACUCUCCGCGUUCGCAGAUCGUGCCGGGUGCGAGAUACGCCAUGCCUGCUUCUUUCCUGCAGGACCAAUUCGUCAGCACUUAUGCCAAAUCUCGCUUCCACCACCCUGGCGUGGGGGCCGGCGCUGGCACGGAGCGCAGCGUCCCCCUCGGCGGCAGCCUGCUGUCCCCGCAGCAGAGCGAGGAGCCCAGUGUUUCCGCCCCCCCGCAGCGCUGGUUCGUCACCCCCGCCAACAACCGACUGGACUUUGCGGCCUCGGCGUACGACGCCGCCGAUUUCGCCGGUAACGCCGCCACCUUGCUGUCGUACGCGGCGGCCGGAGUGAAGGCCCUGCCCCUGCAGGCGGCGGGCUGCUCCGGCCGGCCGCUCACCGGCUAUUACGCAGACGCGUCCGGCUGGGGGGGAGGACGCACGCCGCCGCAGUACUGCGGCGUCAACGGCAAAGCCGGCUCCGUGUUCUCCUGCUGGCCCGCCGGCAGAGCCGGCACCAACUACAGCCUGUCCGAGGACGGAGCAGACUCCCUCCUCGCCACGGAGAGGUCGCCCAUCGGCGGCUCGGAGGAGGCCAACAAGGCCAAUAAGGACAUGACAUCCGAGUCGAGCUGGAUAGAGACGCCGUCGUCCAUCAAGUCCAUCGAUUCCAGCGAUUCUGGGAUCUUUGAACAGGCAAAGAGGAGAAGGAUCUCACCUUCUGCCACGCCGGUUUCAGAGACGGUGUCCCCGCUGAAAUCUGAGCUGCUGGCACCGAGGGAGUGUGACAAAAACUGCACAAAGGACAUCGGUUAUUACAGUUUCUAUCCUCACAGUUAAACAAUAUAUCUAUCUAUCUAUCUAUCUAUCUAUCUAUCUAUCUAUCUAUCUAUCUAUCUAUCUA